AUGUCGCCGUCCACGCCCACUUUGACCGCCUUGAUUGCGGGCCAGCCGCGCCACUCUGUCGCAACCACGGCCACGGCCACGGCUACUGCCACUGCCACUGCCACUGUCACACUGGCUCGCUUGGCCGGCGCGCCCGGCGCUUCUCGGCUUGGCCUCUGCCUGCCACCCAACGUCGGCGGGCCGGCGAAAGGCGAAUUUCCUCGCCGCCCCUCUGACCUCGCCUCAAGUCGCGCACUGGGUCAGCCCAGCCCAGCUUGCCCCGCGCCACCCCAGCGCGGCUCGACUCGACUCACACACCCGUCGCCGUAUCGACGCGGCCCACCCGUCCAUCCCGGAUUCCCUCAUAAGCCUCGUCCGCCUGCCUACAUCCCUCCCUCCCUUCCUCCAAGUGUCCGUCUUUGCUCCCUCUCUCAUUCAUACCCCGUUGGACGAUUUGCUUCGAUCCCUCGCUUUCGUCUCUAUCGCAUCUCCGUCCCUUCAGCCUCUCUAAUACCCCUUUGCCCCUCAUGGCUGCCUUCAACUCUGCUCUGCGCUCCGGCGCCAUCCGCAGCCUCUCGGCUCGCGUCGCUCAGCGUAACCUCGAUGCUCUCUCGAGUCGCUCGUGCUCCUUCUGCAUCGGCCAUUAAGACUUUCUCCGUCUGGGCGCCAGCUCGCAUGGGCCCUACCAGCGCCAACGCUGCUGACGGUGUCCAGGCUAACCCCGGCCCGCCCCCGCCCGUCGAGAACAUUGGUGUGGACGCCGUGCUGCGCCAGAACCCCAACUCGCCCGACAACCACACCACCACCAUCUUCCAGGAGUUCUCGCUCGAGGGCAAGACCGCCGUCAUCACCGGUGGUAACGGUGGUCUGGGUCUCGAGAUGGCGCUCGCCUACGUCGAGGCCGGUGCGCACGUCUACGCCAUCGACCUGCCCAAGGAGCCUUCGGAGGAGUUCAAGAUCGUCGCAGACCACUGCCGCAUCAUGGGCAAGCACCUCAAGUACGUCUCGGCCACCGUCACCGACCACGACGACAUCAACGCCUGCAUGGACUUUGUCAUGAAGGACUCGGGCACCGACUCGCUCGACGUCUGCGUCGCUGCCGCUGGUAUUCUUCAGACCUACGAUGCGCUCUCGUACCCCGCAGACGAGUUCCGCAAGGUCUUCGAGGUCAACACCACCGGUGUCUUCCUCACCGCCCAGGCCGCCGCGCGCAAGAUGCACGAGCAGAAGCACGUCUCGGGCUCCAUCAUCCUGAUCGCCUCGAUGUCCGGCUCGAUCGUCAACCGCGACCACCACUGGGUCGCCUACAACGCCUCCAAGUCGGCCGUGCUCCAGAUGGGCCGUAACCUCGCCGCCGAGUGGGGUCCCAAGGACAUCCGCGUCAACUGCAUCUCGCCCGGUCACAUUCGCACCCGCAUGACUGCCGCCUACCUCGACACCAACCCCCACCUGCUCACCAAGUGGUCCAGCUCCAACCCUCUUGGCCGCCUCGGCCGCGCCCACGAGAUCCGUGGUGUCGCCGUCUGGCUCGCCUCGAGCGCCUCGUCGUUCUGCAACGGCUCGGACAUUAUCGUCUCGGGUGGCCACAACAUCUGGUAA